CCGAGCGCUGGCCACACUGGCUUGCAGAUAAUUUUUUAUUAUUUUGUUAUUUUGCCAAUUAAAAAUGGACGAAGAAGCCCCCUACCUGCGCAGCGCCUACCAGGUGUCCAUAAUUCCAACCGACCUGCACCACCAGGAGACCAUAAUCAAAGCAGCCCAGUCGCUGGACUGUCUACACAAAACGAUAAACUCUAUUUUCGAGCGGAUUGAUGCUCGCUUGGCGAGGAAUGGAUCAAAGGUUGAGGACAUAAACAGUCGUGUGAAGCGGGCGCAGGCGAAAAUCGAUGCGCUCGUGGGCUCCAAGCGGGCCAUCCAGAUCUUUGCCCCAGCAAGAUUCCCGGCCAGCGACAUCCUGGCCCCUCUGCCGGCCACCUUUCCACAGGUGACGACUAAGCUAAUGGAGGAGCAGCAGCCGCAGCCACGUCCGGAGCAGCUGUCACAUCCGGGAAACACCGGCAGCAGUAACAGCGAUCCCAAUGAGGAGGCUGUCUUCUUCCAUGUGCGCGGCGACCGGGAGCACGAGUCGUCUUUGGUAGCCGAGCGAAAGAUGACGAAUCGCACUGCUGGCCUGGGAGCCCUUCCUGUGGCCGGAGUUCACUCUGUGCCCUCGCUUAUGCGCUUCAACACCAAUGAGUUCGCUUUUGGGGAGGACUUGAAUGCAUGGAAACGAUCACUGCCUCCGCAAAGCACUCGCCGCGUCGCCAGUCAGUCCUUGAAGAGCACGACUGAAGAGCUGCUCGCUCCGGCUCCUCGCUCGCUGGCUUAUGGCGCCACCAAGCUGGCCACUCCAGCCGGAGAUCUGCGCUACAAUCCUGCUGCUCUGGCUGCGCCGGCCAUCGAUGUGCCGCUGGAUUUGCCCGAUCUCCCCGGAAUAGCCAACGAUCUGAAGUACCAGCCAGUGGAGGAACAGACUCCCAUUGCCCCGUCGUACCAGUACGGAGAGUUGCCCGACCUGCCUGAUCUGGCUGACCUACCGGAGCUGCCAGACCUGGGACUGGAAGAGCACGAGAUCACGGUGCAGGCCAUUGCGGCCCAGACCCACAUUCCAGGGCCGAAUAAGAAUCGACUGGGUCCGUAUAUGCCACCACCUAGAACCUUACCACCACCCCCGCCACCUCCUCCACCACCGCCGCCGCCACCGCCGCCAGCGCAGGCACCGCCGUCGCCUCCACCUUUUCCCACCAAAGGAGCUGUUAAACCGCUCUCGCCCUCUCCUUCCACGCCCCUCCGAAUGCCCCCACCCCCUCCCCAAACUGUUGAUCCAAGAUCGGAGCUCAUGGCUGCCAUACGGAAUGCUGGAGGCGCAUCCGGAGGCCGACUGCGAAACCAGGCGGCUGCACCACUCGAUGUCGUGGAUAACACACGGUCCAAGGCGGGUGCCGUUGCCUCGGCAUCGGGGGAUCUGAUGGCGGACCUGCACAACAAGCUGAUGCUGCGACGCAAGGGUAUUUCUGGGGCCCAAAAUCCCGGAGAGGCUGCUGCCGCCACUGGUGGAGGCAAUACCCUUAUGCAGCAGCUGUCGCGUGUGAUUCCGCCGUCCGUGCAGCCGCGCAAGGGAUCCCAGAGCAGCGAUGAAGGGCCCUCCGAGGAGGACGACGACGUCUGGAACUAGUGGAUGCAACGGGAAUCUCCCCUUAGCUUUAGCACCGGUUAUUGUGCCUUUAGCUGGCUUAAAGCACUGGCUUCACUAGCUUAAAUUAUACCAAUCUCUAGAAAGAAUUCCAAAUUCUCUGCCGAAGCGAGCAUGCCAAAUUAGCAAAAUGUUAAAAACAGUUGAAUAAAAUUAACAACUGAAUAAAAAA